GUCUUCACAUGCCCGCAUUGCUAGAAUUCCCGGAGAACGAAAUUAUUGCGUGAGGGAAACUGGUUCGCUUUCAACGCCGAAGCUUCUCGGAUUCCAUCUUUCCUUUUAUUGGUUACACAAGGUCCACUCACUGCACGAAUAUUACCCGAUCUAUAGUGGUAGGCGCCCACCUUGGACACGAGGCCCGAGCAGGCCGCCGUCAGCUCGCCCACCUCUUUCGUACAGGAGAAGUUACAAGAUGGACUUGGGUUCAUUCUAAGACUCCAAAGCUCCCUUACUUCCAUUGCUUGUAACUUGGUCUGGUACCCCAUCGUUCAAGAUGUCUCAAUUUAGCGGUAACUCAAAAGACUUCUUGGACUCGCUUGAGUCCUGUUUAGAUAAACACCCUAGAAAUCAAUACGAGUCGCUUAAGGGGGUUCCUGACCGGCUGACGGGGUUCCUCGAACAGGGUGAUGAAGGGACCUGCGAGAGAGCUGUGCAACUUCUGGGGACCGCCGUGGGGAAAGAACGGGAUUGGCAAUCGCCCUUUCAGGAGAACGGAGUUCUUGCCCAUGUCGUGCAAAAGCUUGAUCCAGCUUCAAAUUCGACGGGAUUGGCUAAACAGUAUCUGAGAGUCAUUGGCAAUUGUGUGGCAGACAACGAUGAAAAUCGUGAAGCUGUCUGCGAAAACCUAGGAACCCUCAUUGCUUGUCUCAAAGAGGAAGAUCUAACGGUUACUGCUUUAGCCGUGUUACUCAACUUAUGCAACGACUUUGAACCCGCCCAAAUUGAGGCUGCUAAGCUGAGGCUUGACUGUGUAAUUGCAGAGCUUCUUGCGGCCAACAGAAUACUAGAAGAAGCCGUCGACUAUGCUACUGAUCUGCUUACCUGGACUACCGAAAAGCUCACCCCAGUCCAAGUAGAAGAUGCGACCUCGGUCAAAACUUUUGACAGUCUUCUCCAAGUCUCCCUUCAGUACGAGGAAGACCACUACCAUGACUGGGUUGCAAUUUGCGUUCACUACCUUCAGGAUCCCGAGUUCCAGCAGAAAGUCGCGAAACCUGAGGUUCUUGAGAAACUCUUCGAUUUGAUGCUAGACUACGAGUCGAGGCUAUCACCAGAAGAGAUCCAAGCGGUCUUUCGAGCUCUUGGUGCAUCGCAAGAUCCUUCCAAAACACCCACAGAAGACACCAACACUACGCUAUUGGUGCAAUUGGUCAACUCACUCUCUGCUAUCUCUGCAUCAGACGCCUUCGUCAACCAUUUCAGCCUCAGAAGUCCAGUGGUGAAGAAAGUCAGGUCUAAAUUAUUCUCCUUGGCAACAUCGCCAUCCACUGUCUGCGCCUGUAUCAUGCUUGGAAACCUCGCGACAUCGGAUCAAAUAUCAAUCGACAUGGUCGAGGACAUGGGCCUACACCUCACUCUAAUCGGUCUUCUUUCGGCACGGAGAGAACCCGCGUUACUAUAUGCCGCUGCCGGCUUCAUGAGACACUUAGCCUUUCCAGAGGAAAACCGGGAUGCAAUAGGAGAAGCAGGACUCAUUGAAACGUGCUGCCAACUUCUUCUCAACAAAGAUCCUUCCGUACGGGGAGAGGCAGCCGCGAUUGUCUGUAAGCUCGUCUCAAACAAUUUCCGGAACAUCGAAAAAGUCGUGUACGAAGCUAUUCCGGAUGACAUUACGCCUACGCAACUACCUGGCGUCGAACUCCCCGUCCAUCCAACAAUUCUGUACCAUAUCGUCACACAAGCUUUAGUUCCCGCCGCGCCGUUGCCAAGUACAUCGAUGAAGAACGCGAUGAUUGAGAUUGGUCGGACCAUCAUCGCUAUACUCCGGUACCUUGGCCAGUCGAACGCAGAAGAAGACGUUGAACCGGUUGCACGCCAUAUGUUUAAGACACCGUUAGUGGCGCGACCAGUCGCUCGACUUGUUCGUCAACGCUUCUUCGCAGAAGCCCAAUCAGAAGGGCUUCUGGGUCUGGGGUUGAUGGCGCAGUCACACGAAGGCGCUGUUUGUGUGGUUGAUGAGAUGAAAGAAGAUGAGGGCUUGCUUAAUGCUGUGAGGGAGUUUACUGCUGCAGAAAAGAAGGAUGAUCAGCAAAAUGGCGACAUGCUGGGUCGUGAUCAUCAGAAUGCGCUUGUCCUUUUGCACGGACUUGCUACUAAUGGGGUCAAUGCAAUGGAUGCAUCUUUGAAAGACGACGUGAAUGCCUUGCAGACUGAGCUAAGCAAACUCAAUAUCUAGUCUGACGAUGUUGAACCAUAUAUAUGUCUACAUCUAAAGCAAAAGGCUAGAAUGUAACGAGGACACGGCCUCUGGAGUUGGAGGGUAACGAUCGAGGAUAACGAUCUUCUAGGCAAUGUGGUUUCACCGAACUGUAGAUAGAUAUCCCAUAGACCUUCAAGUGUUAUAUAGAGAAAGGG